AUGUCAAAGAUUGAAGAGAUUGGCCCCCGUGUUAAAGCAUACUUAUACGAUAUUGGCUAUCAUAGAUGGUCUCGAGUACAUGCUACGGUGAACAGAACUUGGACUACGACAUCAAACAUUGCAGAGUCGUUGAAUAUUGUAACAAAAUAUGCAAGAGAGCUAUCGAUAGUAGAACUAUUAGAGUAUAUGGGGACCCUUCUUGAAUGUUGGACGAAGGAAAAGUUAUUGAAAGCAAAUGGUACAUUCACAUACCUUGGGUUCAAAUUCAACAAAGAGUUGGAUGACAACAAAACAUUGUCACACAAGCUUAGAGUGAGGGAUUUAACAUACUAUAUCCAUACAGUACUAGAUGGUGUGAGGCGCUAUAUUGUUUGUCUUAAAAACAAGAGAUGUAGUUGUGGGCAAUUCCAGCUUUACGAACUUCCUUGUCCACAUGCUUUGGCUGCUUUAAGACGCAUGGAUGAGUCUUUUGAACAAUAUUGUUCUCCUUAUUACACAAGGGCGAAUCUCUUGCGUACUUAUGAAAUACCAGUAAAUCUCCUGCCUGAUGAAAGCAAAUGGAAUGUGCCACAACAUAUAUCUGAAGAAGUAGUAAAUCCACCUAAAGGAGGGAAAAGGCAACCAGGAAGACCUCAAAAAGAAAGAUACAAAACAUAUGAUGAAAUAAAUUCAAAGAAGCAUAAGUUUAUCUACGAUAAAACUACAAAAAAAUACAUUAACUGGAAUUUACAGAGUAUCUACAUUAUAAAUCGGUAG